AUGGCAGAGGCUGCAGUGAACUCUGUUAUACAAAUCUUGAGUUCUUUCCUCGUCCAAGAAAUCCAGUUGUUGGGAAAUGCAAAACAAGGAGUUGAAGACAUCAAACGUGGACUGGAGAGUAUCAGAUCUUUUCUCAAGGAUGCAGAUAGAGCUGCAGAAGGAGAAACAAGGGGCAAUAAAGGUGUCAAAACUUGGGUGAACCAAUUGAGGGAAGAAGUUUUCAGGAUUGAAGAUGCCAUCGAUGAGUACACGAUGAAGGCGGCUAGACUUCCUCAUGGCAGAGGUUUCGUUUGUUACAUUCAUAAAGCGUGCUACUUCAUAAAGAUUCAAAAACUGCAACGUGGAAUCACCACUAAGAUUAAAGAUAUCGAACUAUCACUUGCCAAUAUACUGAGAAGAGGAGAAAUCUACAACUUCAAGCACAUAGAUCAAGGGCCAGGCAGUGGAGGGAGAAGUGUUAUAACUCAUGACUCUAGAGUUGGUUCUAUUUUCAUUGAAGACGCUGAAGUUGUGGGUAUAGAAUCUACUAAAGAAAAAUUGAUUUCUUUAUUGGUGGAAGGAACAUCCAAUAUUCGCUCAAUGAUUGCAGUGGUGGGCGAAGGAGGACUAGGAAAAACCACUCUUACUGGGAAAAUUUAUAACAACGAAGCGGUGAAGAAGCAUUUUGAUUGCCAGGCUUGGAUCACAGUUGGGAAAGAAUACUUGAAGAAAGAUUUACUAAGGACAAUUUUACAAGAAUUUUAUCGUUCAACCGGGCCCACUCGAAUGGAGGCAAACAGAAUGGAUGAGAUGAAUUUGAUCAUGAAGCUGAGCGAACAUUUAAAGGACAAGUGUUACAUGAUUGUGUUCGAUGAAGUGUGGAAAAUUGAAAAUUUAGAAGGAAGGAAGAAAACUUUUUGCAGAAAGGCAUUUGGCUCUGACAGUUGUUGUCUUGCAAACUUGACGGAAUUAUCGAAACGUAUAGUUGGAAAAUGUGGAGGUCUACCUCUAACAAUUGUUGCAAUAGAAGACUACAAAAUUAGUUUUGGCAAAUUAGUUCGCCUCUGGAUAGCUGAAAGCUUUGUCCAAUGCAAUGACCACCUUCCAUCUGAGCAUGUUGCUGAAGAAUACUUGAAAGAACUUAUUGAUAGAAGCUUGGUUCAAGUUUCAGAAACAAAAGCUUCUGGAUGA